AUGAAUUUAAACAACUUUGUGGUACUUCCCAGCAAGCCCAAGUCAAUGAAGUUAAAUGUCAGGAAUCUCCGGGAACUGCGUAUGGAAACAGUGCAGCUGGAUCAACAUGCCAAGGAGAUGGAGAGAAGACUGGAGGAGCUCAGACAGCAUAUGAACCAGGAGAAAGAGGAGAGGGAGAAGAUGGGAGCUUCUCACUGGCGUUCAGCACAGCCUGGGGUUCAGAGCGUUAAGGAGAACGCACCUCACAGACUCUCUCCAGACAAGAUGAAGAUUAGAGUGCUGAAGGACGAGCCUGUGCCAGCAGUACAGGAGCAGCUAAUAGCGGAACGAGCCGCCAAGGUACAUGGCACUAACAGGAAGCUCAACCUGAAGGGAAAAGUCUGUGGACAGUGUGAAGUUCAGCUGGCCGGACUGAUGUGUGCAGAAUGCAGAGAGGAUUAUUGUGUGGGCUGCUUUGUCAGAUUCCACCAGAAGGGGGCACUGAAGCACCAUCGUAUGGUUCCCGUACAGGUGUUGUUUGUGAAUGACGGUGUUGACGUGGAGGAUGAGGAGGCUGGUGAGGAAGAGGACAGCUCUCUGCUGAGAGGAGGCUUUGAUGAAGAAGAGUCAGCCAGGUCCUUCCAGGAGGCUCUGAAAGAGUGGAGAGAGAGAGGACAGAGACCAGUGUCUGUGAUGGAAACACAAACAGAGAAAGGAUCCCAGCCGUUAAUUUAUGUGGAGUUCAAGGAGGACACUUUGAGCUACAUGGAGAAACUCCUCAUGAAAAAGCACCGCAGAGGACAAAUUGAAGAAUUUCAGCACCGGUCUGUCGUCCAACGCCAACCGGAACCACCCACACCUCCACCCACAGAGACGGAUGAACUGAGCCGAAAACUGACAGCAGAGCGGAUGGAGUUGCAUAAAUACUUUACCUCUCUCUUCACGAUCGCUCCUGCUGAGGAUGCUGGGAAAGCGGACAGCCCUGCAGAAUCCUGUUUAAGCAUCAUAGAGUUAGAUGAGAAGAUGGCUGGAGACGCUACAUUGUACAGAUCCUUUGGAGUCAAGCAGGGAAAUGAGAGCAAAAUGUUUGCAGCUGUUGGAAAUGAAGAUUUAUCUGAAGGAGGAGAUUUUGGAUAUUCGGUCUUGCCUUCCACACCGUCCUUCUCCGAGAUGACCAAAGAAUCCUUCAGUGAAUGUAAUUCUGGCACAAAAAUCAACUCUUCUCCUGAGAUGUGGCCGUCGUUUCAAGAGGCCACACAAUCUUCGUCAUCAUUGCCAAGAUCAGAAAGCUUCUCUCCACUUCAAACGAGGCUUCAGAAAUCACAGCACCUGUCGACUACCUCAGAGCCAUUUCUGUUGACUUCACAAACAGGAGGCCAGAAAGUGGAACUCAGUGACUCUCCAAAACCAAGCCCACGGAUGAGAUCUUCUUCAGCACAACAGGAUAAACCCUCAGAGCUUCUGCCAACAUCAUCUCCUUCACUCCCAAAAACCAAAUUAAAUCAAACUCUCUUAGGCUUUGAGGACCACAUUUCCACUAUCAGGCCAUCUCCUGGUAGAGUGCCGUCUGUUAGGUCUUCUCAAAGUCAUUCUCCUGCAUUUCUCAUCUCUAAACAAAGUCCAAAACCUCCAGAUUCUCCAUCCCCGAGGUCUAGAUCAGCUUCCUCUCCAGUCAACCCAAUCCAAUCCAUACCUGCUCAUUCAACACCUGUUUCUAAACCAAAAUUAGCUCAACUGUCUCCAGAAUUUGCUAUCACUUCCCCAAGCGCCACAGUUCCUUCAUUAAAGCCAUCACCUAGAGAAUCAUCACAGUCUGCAUUAGUCUCAGAUAGAAGUACAUCUACUAUGCCUACCUAUGACUCCAUCAGGUCCUCUACGCCGAGAGCUGAAUCCUCUCAUACUGACGGGCACCGCUCACCUCCGGCCUCCAAAUGGUUAAAGGCCUCACAGAGGUCACCCAAAACUACAGUGCUGUCCUUACAGCUGAGCAUGUCAGAUUCAGAAGAGGAAAUGACAGGUGAAGAUGCUUGCCUGGUGCCCAGUGAGGAAGACUCAUCUGAUGAAGAACUGAGACGAAUCACAGAUGCAGAAGAACAAAAGAAUGGCUUUCCCUCUCUGUGUCCCACCACAACCCCUCUGGCAGACCCUCAUUUCACUUUCACAAACCUCACAAAGUCAGACCGUGACACCAUAGAACCGGACCUGUUUACAGGAUCUUCUCAGGCCAUUCAUUCUGUAGCCCAGCGACAGGACAUCCAGUCGGGGCAGUACCAAGACCUAGAGGGGAUCCUGACUUUGGGACUGGACCCUGGAGUCCUGCAACCCAGCCCAGCUCCAGCUCAAACAUCUAGAGAAGAGCAGAACCACACAGGGAGUUUGCUAGCUGUAAUGCAGGAGUCCUGGAGAUCCAGCAGCAGUCUUCAGCUGGUCACUGCGCUGAUGAACGCUCAGCCCAUCAAUAGCACCCCUCGUCCGUUCACACCAUGCCGUGGCAGAAUGUCAUCACAGAGGCUGUGUUUCUCAGGCACCAUAAGCAGAUGUUCUCCCAUCUCUUCUCGGCCCCUGAGUGCCGGGACUCAUAGUCCAGACCCGUCAAACCGGCUGCUGUCUCGUGCCGCUCUGGAGAUCAUGGAGGUCCAGACUGUGGAACAGCUCGAUCUCCAGGACUCUGAUGAGGAUGAGGAAGAUUUCCUGGCUCUGGCCUGCCUUGAGGAAGAAUUCAGAAAUAUGAGCACUACACAAUUAGAUGAGGGUGAGGAUGGACACAUUCCAGUGGAUUAG